AACAAAGUUCCACCCCACCCCACCUCUCUCUACGAAGACUUGUCCUAUUCUCCUCACAUUGUUUUCUCUCUUUGACCCCUUCUCUCUCUAAAAUACUGUUUUUCUUCGAAUUUCUUCUUUUUCUUUCUCACAAGUGGUUUUUGGUGACUUUCACAUUCGAGGUUUCAGCUCUCCAGAUCGUUGCUGUUGUUUGGCAAGAUCCUUCAUUCUAAGUUAUGAAAAUUAUUCUUCAAAGCUUUGAUUGUUUAUAAGUAGGUUUGAAACUGAAAUCUGGAAGUUGCUUAGUCUUAGCCGUUGUCGAUUGCAAGGUCAGAAAGUUAAUAGGAGUAUCUAAUUGAUCUUCCAAAUGAGUCUGUACAGUUAAUAGGAGCCUUGCACCAUCUUUUUCCAAAUAUGCUCAGCGUGCUUUCAGUCAUUGAGAAGGAAUUCUGUACUCAAUAGAGGAUAUUCUUGUGUCCAUGCUGGCGGAGAGCAUGCGUGGAAUCUGUAAUUUGGCUAAUGCCCCAGACAAGAGUUGUUGCUGAUGCACUUGGUGUGGUGACUAUUUGCCUUGUUGGUGCUCUGGUCCUUCUGGGUUUAUUUUGCACCAUUUAUUCAUUUUACUUCCACAAUCGUAUCCGUGGUCAUGGUCUUAUCCGGCUCAAUUAUUUUAGCGCUCCUUGGAUCAUCAGAAUUUUAUUAAUCUUUUUUGCAGUCUGGUGGGGUGCUGGAGAAAUUAUUCGGUUGAAUUUUUUAAGACGUGACGGUAGAGUCUUGGAUGCCCUCAAUUUGAAAUGGCAAGAAACUGUUUGCAAAUGCUACAUUGUUUCAAACCUAGGGUUUGCCGAACCAUGCUUGUUUCUCACCCUCAUAUUUCUUCUUCGAGCUUCUUUACAGAGGUCUGGAACUUUAAGCCAGAAAUGGAAUGCAAAAACAGCUGGUUAUGUUCUUCUUUGUUGUCUCCCGAUGUUUGUUCUUCAGCUCAUAGUUAUUUUAAUUGGACCAGAGUACAACAAGGAGAAUCGCUGGCACAAACUACCACCUUAUUUCAUUAAAGCAGCUGCUUCAUCUAAGACAAAGGACAAUGACAGCGUUGCCCUCUGCACUUACCCACUGUUGAGUACCAUCUUCCUUGGACUUUUUGCCACCUUUCUAACUGCGUACUUGUUCUGGCUUGGGAGGCAAAUUCUUCAUUUGGUCAUCAACAAAGGUUUGCAAAAGAGAGUGUAUGCUUUAAUCUUUUCUGUUUCUAGUUUUCUUCCGUUGAGAGUUACUCUUCUUGGUUUAACAGUCCUAUUUGAGCCAGAAAAACUUUUGUAUGAUGCCAUUGCAUUCUUGGCAUUUCUUUCCCUUCUAUGUUGUGCGGGGGUAGGUCUCUGCACGCUUGUGUACCUUCCUGUUGCGGAUUCUUUAGCCUUAAGGACUCUACAGAGAGAUAUAGAGGCUAGGAGGACUAGUGACUUCUACAACGACACCAUUUCACUAAUUGCUAAUCAAAGCCCUCAAGAAAGUGUGAUGAGAAUUCCCAUGGGGAGCUCGGAUGCUCCAAUUUCUUUCAGCACAACAGAAAAUGAUGCAGUAGCCUUCGUUGAACUGAGUCGUUUCACUUUUAUUCAGCAUUGACUGCACCAGUUUAUGGAUCCUAAAUGCUACUUAGAAGUAAGGUAACAAACAUUUUUGCAGGGAAGCAAGACUGUAUGUAAAUUAUUUGGUUUGUAUUUUGGUUUGGUUUUUGAGAUAUAUAGUGGUUUGCCUGUUUACCCACCAUAUAUUUUCCGGGUGGAACUAUAUCUACAUAUCCUAAUUCUGUUCUUAUUACAAUUUGCAAUUUUGUUGACAAUUAAGGUUGUUUUCCCUUUCUGAUUGCGGUCCUAAUGGAUUUUACUUCAGAUA